UCAGCCUUAACCCGCAAGGUCGCAAUUCUAUCUCCACCUUUCUUUAAUUAGGGUUUUGUUUUGGUCUUCGUCUUCUCACUCUCUGUUUCUAGGGUUUUGUUCGAUUCGCAAUUACGCAAUCUAGGGUUUUCGCUGCAAUUAUCUCUCUAUAAAUAGUAUGCAUUGAAAUAUUUCAUCUUUCGGUUCGGAUCCUAUUAGAAUUCUGAUUCCUUCUAUUCUGCAACUGUGAUCGUGGAGUUAGGUUUUCUGAAUCGUUCCCUGUUUAAUUCUUGAAAAGGGGUCUUUUUUUUGGGUUUGAUUUGGGGAAUUUGUGGAGUUUUGGAGAAUUUGAUUGGGGAAACCAUGCCUCCGAGGACGGUGAAGAGAGGUGGGGCGGCGGGAGCGAAGAGGACGACGAGAGUCACCAGGGGGACGCACAAGGCCCAGAACCAGGUCCAGCCUGAGGCUCCAGAUGAGUUGGUGAAGGCCGAGGAUGCGGUGCCGAUGGUGGAAUCUAAAGAGGAUCUCAAUGUUGAAGAGAUUAAGGAGAAGCCAAUUGCGGCAGACAAGCUGGUGGCUGUCGAGGAGAAGCCAGUUGUUGAUGAAAAGGCACUCGUUAUUGAUCAGUCAGGGCCUUCAGAGAUGGAAGUUGAAGCGAAAGCAGAGCAGAACGGAUUAAAAAAACAAGAUAAGGUUAAGGAGUCUAUAGAUGAUUAUGAAAAAGAUGAACAAUUAGAGCUGGAGGAUAAUGAAGCUGAGUAUGAACCUGAAGAAGAUGGUGGGGUUGAUUAUGAUGAGAAGGAAAUGGAACAAGAGGAUAUCCAGGAGCUCGGGGAUGAAGGAGAUGAAGAACCUGAGGAGAUUGUAGGUGAAGAAGAAGGUGAUAUGGCUGAGGAAGAGUUGGAAGAUGCCCACGAAGAACUUGAGGGUGAAGAGUUUGAGGAGCAUGCUAGCGAGGAGCAUGAGCAUGAGCAUGCAGAGAUGGUUGACGAGGAAGAGGAGCACCAUGAAGUUGUAAAGGAGAGACGGAAGCGCAAGGAGUUCGAAGUAUUUGUUGGUGGUCUAGACAAGGAUGCAAGUGAGGCUGAUCUUAGGAAAGCUUUUGCUGGUGUUGGUGAAGUUACUGAGGUCAGGCUGAUGAUGAACCCUCAGACUAAGAAGAACAAGGGAUUUGCGUUCUUGCGUUUUGCAACUGUGGAACAAGCAAGGCGAGCAGUUGCAGAGCUUAAACAUCCAGUGAUUAAUGGAAAACAGUGUGGUGUUACUCCAAGUCAAGACAGUGAUACUCUUUUUCUGGGUAACAUAUGCAAGACAUGGACAAAGGAUGCUUUGAGAGAGAAGUUGAAACAUUAUGGAGUAGAUAAUGUUGAGGGUCUGACAUUGGUCGAAGAUACUAACUAUGAGGGAAUGAAUCGAGGCUUUGCUUUUUUGGAAUUUUCUUCUCGUUCAGAUGCCAUGGAUGCUUUUAAGCGACUUCAAAAAAGAGAUAUUGUGUUUGGAGUUGAUAGGCCUGCAAAAGUUUCUUUUGCAGAUUCCUUCAUUGAUCCUGGUGAUGAAAUCAUGGCACAGGUCAAAACUGUGUUUGUUGAUGGCCUACCUGCUUCAUGGGAUGAGGACCAUGUCCAAGAUCUUCUUAAGGAAUAUGGGAAUGUUGAAAAGAUUGAGCUUGCGCGGAACAUGCCCUCUGCUAAGAGGAGAGAUUUUGGUUUUGUUACAUUCGACACUCAUGAGGCUGCAGUUACUUGUGCUAAAAGCAUUAACAAUGCAGAGUUAGGUGAAGGAGACAACAAGGCGAAAGUCAGGGCGAGGUUAUCAAGACCGCUCCAGAGGGGUAAAGGAAAACAUGUUGGACGCGGAGAUUAUCGUUCUUCUAGGGGGGUUGGACGAGUUGUUAGAGGUUCAUGGGGUCACUCAACACCACGCCCUCUCCCUCCUAUGCGUAGUGGGUUAAGGGGAGUUGGAAGUCGAAUCCCACCAGCCAGUGUAAAGAGGCCUGUUGCGCUAAGAGAUAGACACCAUGUGAUGUCAUCUUAUCCACCAAGAGGCAGGCCUUUGCCUCCUCCAUCUAGGUCCUAUGACAGGAGGCCACCUGUUCCUGCGUACCCAAAAAGUAGCUUCAGGAGGGAAUAUAGCAGGCAUGAGGACCUUCCUCCUCCAAGGAGUAGAGCAGCCCCUGAUUAUGGAUCAAGGGCUGUUCCAGAAAGACGCCAAUCGUACAGAGAUGACUACGCUCAGCGUGGUCCUGCCUACUCUGAUCCACCAAGAAGUACAUCUCGUACAACAGGAAGGAGAGCUUAUGUUGAUGAAGGUUACGGACAGCGGUAUGAAAGGCAUCCUCCCCCUCCUCCUCCAAGUUACCGUGAAGGUCGUGCUCGUGAUUAUGACACUAUUUCUGGUUCAAAACGUGCCUACUCUGCACUGGAUGAUGUUCCUCCCCGUUAUACUGAUGCGGGCAUCCGCCAAUCCAGGGCGCGGUUAGACUAUGAGUAUGAAAGUGGUUCGUCUCAAUAUGGUGAUGGCUAUAGUGACAGACUUGGGAGAUCUAGUAUGGGAUAUGGAAGCAGCAGAACAAGUCAGGAUUCUCAUGGACUAUACAGCAGUCGUCAGGGCAUGGGCUAUGGAGGAGGUUCUUAUGGUGGCAGUGAUGUUGGUGGAAUGUACUCAUCCAGCUAUGGUGGUGAUUAUAUAUCUCGUGGCAGUGAUGUUGGAGGUAGCUCUUACUCAUCAAUGUACUCUGGCCGUGGUGCGGGUGGAAGCAGUUAUAUGGGUUCAGGUGGUUCUGGUUCAUACUAUUGAGAUCUGACAUGAUGAAGAGGAUGCUGUAGGAUGUGGACUGUAUGAAGCUUUUCCAUUAUGAUGCCUAGAGUUAUGGACACAGAAUUUCCCUAAGAACCUAUGUAUGUGCCAAGGAGCCGCCCUCUUAGAUUUCCAGAGAUUGGAUAUUGUGCCGGGCUGUAGUUAUUUUGCUGCAAGGAAAGCUCAAGAUAUUCGGAGAUGCAAGUGUUUAGUUUAUGACGUGUCUUCUACUUCAUCUACUAGAAGAACUCCACCUGACGGAAAAUUUGGAGUCCUGCUGCAUCUUUUGUUCGUAUGAAUAGAUAAGACUAUAACAAGAGAAGAGGAUUUUCUUAAUGUGAUUAUAAGGUAUUUUGGAUAUUUUUAAUGCUGAAUCCUUUGGAAAGGUUUGAAUAAUAAAAGCCUUUUUGGCCGUUUUAGAUUGCUUAA